CUCGCUCCAGCUGGGGCUGCGCGGGCGAGGGUUGUGCAGGGAUAUCGCGCAGGAUACAGCCCCCGAGCCCUCCUGGGGACUGCUGCACGUAGGGGACAUUUGGAUUUGGCGAGCUGUCACUGCGUGACCCUGUGCCUACUGCACAGCGCUCGGCUGAGCCCGGCGCUGCCGUGCGGCUUAAUUGGAGCUUUUGAUGCGCAGUGGAGCUGAUGCGUGAAAGGUUUGUUGUGAGGAGCUGUCAGGGCUGGAGGAUACUUAGGACCCAGGGAAGCGUUGGAGGACCUGGCUGGCUGGGCUUGGAGGAGUUCCUGCCUCCCAGCCAGCACUUCUCAGGUGUCCUGGUGCUGCAGAGCUGUGCGAGGCGAGCUGGGCUCCCCGGCAGCUCCCCCUUCCCCAGCUCCAUGCCCGUCCCCUGAGCACCCCUGGGCACCCAUGCGCUCGCCCGGGGACCGUUCUGCACCAUGAAUGACCAGUACCACCGAGCAGCUCGGGACGGCUACCUGGACCUCCUGAAGGAAGCCACCAAGAAGGACCUGAACUCUCCGGAUGAGGAUGGCAUGACCCCGACGCUAUGGGCCGCCUACCACGGCAACCUGGACGCCCUGCGCCUCAUCGUCAGCAGAGGAGGUGAUCCCGACAAAUGUGACAUCUGGGGGAACACCCCUCUGCACCUGGCAGCAGCCAACGGCCACCUGAACUGCCUUUCCUUCCUCAUCUCUUUUGGGGCCAACAUCUGGUGCCUGGACAAUGACUACCACACCCCGCUGGACAUGGCAGCCAUGAAGGGGCACAUGGAGUGCGUGCGUUACCUGGACUCCAUUGCCGCCAAGCAGAGCAGCCUCAACCCCAAGCUGGUGAGCAAGCUGAAGGACAAGGCCUUUCGGGAGGCGGAGCGGAGGAUCAAGGACUGUGUGAAGCUGCAGAAGAAGCACCACGAGCGAAUGGAGAAGCGGUACAGAAAGGAGAUGUCGGACACCUCGGAUACCAUGAGCUUCUCCAGCUACUCGAGCAGCACCUUAAGCAAGAAGUUCCAGCACAUGUCCAUGGUGACUUCUCUGCCAUACUCACAAGCCACCAUCCACGGCACAGCCAAGGGAAAGACGAAAAUACAGAAGAAGCUGGAGAAGAAGAAGCAGGUGGACGGGACGUUCAAGAUCUACGAGGACGGGAGGAAAAGCAUGCGGUCCCUGUCUGGCCUGCAGCUGGGCAACGACGUCAUGUUCGUGAAACAGGGCACCUACGCCAGCCCCAAGGAGUGGACGCGGCGGAAUAUCAGGGACAUGUUCCUCACAGACGAAGACACUGUCUCCCGUGCCAUAAGUGACCCAGGUUUGCACAUGGACUCUGCCCACUCGGAAGUCAGCACCGACUCCGGCCACGACUCCUUGUUCAACCGCCCCGGGCUGGGCACCAUGGUGUUCCGGCGCAACUACGUCAGCAGCGGGCUCUUUGGCAUCGGCCGGGAGGACGCCGGCACCCUGGGCGAAGACAACGCGGAGGGGGUAGGUGUCAAACUGCGGAGCCGCCUGCAGCGCUCGCCAAGUCUCAACGACAGCAUUGGCAGUGCCAACAGCCUGCAGGAGAGGAACGCGGAGGAGCUACCCUGGGAUGAGGUGGAGCUGGGCUUAGACGACGAUGACGAACCAGACACCAGCCCCUUGGAGACUUUUCUGGCCUCCCUGCACAUGUUUGAGUUCAUUUCCAUCCUGAAGAAGGAAAAGAUUGACUUGGAGGCCCUCAUGCUAUGUUCAGACAAUGACCUGAAGAGCAUCAAUAUCCCGUUGGGCCCCAGGAAAAAGAUUGUGGAUGCCAUCCAGAGGAGAAGACAAACUCUGGAGAAGCCAGAUGUCAUUGUAGACACUGAACUAUAGCAGCAGCAUUUUAUUAUUUUUUUAACGAUGAAGAAUCAAACCCAGUUCUAAGUUGCCAGAAAACACAAGCCAGAGACUCCUUUCCUGGGGCAGCUGAAAGCUACAGCCAUCCCCACCAGUCCCUCUGGACUGCCCUCCUGCCGCUCUCGCUCUGCUCCCAGUCUGUGCGAUGCUCCCAGGUGGUACCUGGCACGGAGGGAUGACUGCUGAGACAGAAUCAGGCAGCUCCAACCUGCCGACCUUGAAGGGAUGAUGGUCACUUGCUUGCUGGAGGAAGAAGCGUGCUGCAGAGCUGGCUAGGACGCCGAGAGACCGCACAAAGCCAUGAAUGGAAGGAGAUACGUGAUGGUAUUUUCAAAAGGACCCAAAUAAACGACUACAAUUCGUCC